AACAAAGACUCUCAAUUUCUCACAAUCAUGAUGACGUCAGUAGAAGAUUCUCCACAAUCCAUUAUCAAUGCGAGAAAGCAAUAUUUCUCAUCAGUACUUUAAAACCCUCAAAACAAGCUACACAUAAAAAUUUUAUAUUCUGUUCUCAUAAACAGCAGCGAUGUCGAAAACCGUCCCAUUUACUUUAUUAUUAUUGUUAUUUAGCAUAAUAAAAUUUCAUUUAAUCAAGUGCGGUACGAUAAUAAAUAAAUCAUCUGACAUAUUUUCAGCACCGGCAAUUAAUGAUGAACCAAUUAUUGGAGUUUUAUCUCAAGAGAUGACAUCCUACCUUCGUUCAAAAUAUGCUGAUCAAUAUCACAGUUAUAUAGCGGCAUCAUAUGUGAAAUUUAUUGAAGGUGGUGGAGCACGAGUUGUGCCAGUUUGGAUAGGAAAGGAUAGGAAAUAUUAUGAAGACAUAAUGUCGAAGCUGAAUGGAAUUUUAUUUCCUGGCGGAGCUGUUUCCUUCACAAAUCGCAAUGGAUAUGCCCAGGCAGGCAAUCACAUUUAUAAAAUAGCCACAAAGAUGAACAACAACGGCGAUUAUUUUCCCUUGUGGGGUACAUGCUUAGGCUUUGAGCUCAUUACUUAUUUAUCAGCAAACCGGACUGAGAUUCGAACUGAUUGUUCAUCUCAUAGUCAGGCAUUGCCAUUGGAAUUUAAAAGUAGCUUUAAGAAGAGUCGAAUGUUUAAAGACGCACCAGACAGAGUCAUUAAAGUUCUAAAAGACGAAGCCGUGACAUCAAAUUUUCAUACUUUUUGUCUCACUGAAAAGAACAUGACAGAUUAUCAUUUGGAUUCGAUAUGGCGUGUAUUGUCUGUAAAUAAUGAUUGGAAUGGCUUAACAUUUGUUUCCACAAUCGAACAUCGUCAAUAUCCAUUUUAUGCUGUUCAAUUUCACCCAGAAAAGAAUAUUUACGAAUGGGUCCGCAAUAAAAAUAUUUCACAUACAUCCAACGCCAUAAUUGCAUCGCAAUAUUUUGCAGAAUUCUUUGUUAAUGAGGCACGCAAGAGUCAUCAUCAUUUUAUUGAUUCUAAAGAUGAGGACCAGUACAUGAUUUAUAAUUAUCAAGCUGAAUUUUCCGGUGCUAAGGGUGCUGGUUUCGAGCAGACUUAUUUAUUUCCUGAGGAGGUUAAUUAUAUGAUUCGGAGGAAGAAUUUUAAAGGACAGACAAAGAAAGUCGAUAACAUCGUUGUAUUCUAAAGAAACUUAGUCAUGACUUCCUCGUGAACAAUUCUCAAGAAUGAGAAGCUUAUCUAAUCGCACAAUUACAUGACAAACGAAACACUUCGCAUGAAGACCUCGAAAGACGCUUAUCAGCUCUCAUUGUUGAGUAUGCAAAAACGCAAUGAUUAGGAAUGUUAAAUAAAAUAUAAAAAGUUAAAAUUGAA